AUGUCCAAGGACAUUCUCGAUGACGGCUCAAGGCUCGAGACGGCGUGGCACGAUGCGCUCAACUCUUCAGUUGCGUACUUUCGUGCACUGCUGUCCAGCUCGUCGUCCUCUGCCUGGAAGCUCGUCUCGGGGCCGCCUCGGCCACCACCCACCUCAGGCUCUGUGCGUGAUGGCAAGGGUCGCUCGGCCUCCCUAGGCCGCAUCACGCCAAGCGACGUGACCAUCCACAGACGCAACGGAAAGGGCGGAGAAGUGUUCCGUGCCGUCGUUGACGUCGACUGCGGAACAGACGUCAACGUCGACACAUUCCGCGGCUGUCUCGCAACACCAGAAACCCGGCCCGUCUGGGACAGCAUGGUAGAUGAGGCGCAACUGCUUAACCUCUUAGACACCCAGACGCGCGUCACAAAGACGAAUUACCGAUUAGGGUGGCCGUCGAGCCCGCGUGACGCAGUGACUAUCUCGCGGACAAUGGUAGACCAGCACACCCUUAUCGACGUCUCAACAUCCCUCCCUCGCUCCCGACAUGAGCCUCCCUAUCUCCGGCCCGCACCUCCGUACGUGCGUGCCCACGUCUCACUUCUAGCGUGGUGCAUCCAGCUCCCUGGUGUCGCCGCACGCACAGUCGACCCACCACUGCCGGAAGGCAAGGCGCGCAUUACGUGCUUCUGGUCAUGGAAUCCGAAGGGGACUUGGGCCGUCGGCGGUGCCGUGCCUCAGCACCUUCCCACCGUCAUCGUCGGCCUGGUCGACUUCGUCCGUGAUGGAAGCGAGAAGAUGCCUUCCCUCCUCAGCUAUGGAGACAGCGUGAUAAUCUCGGACAUGAGCUACGACCCGGCUCGUGUGAUGUUGUCGACGAGCUACAACGUCAUCAAGACGGAUGACAUCGAGGACGGGACGAAGCGCCAACUCGAGUUUGGGAUGUCAUCGACACUCGGCUGGGACGUCCAGAUCCAGGCCAAGAAUCAAAACGGCGAGGACUCGUCGUCCACAAUGUGGAACACAUUUGUGGGACAGCUGCCACCAUUAGUCUCAGGAUCUCCCUCGCCCAAGAGGCUGCUCUUCCGGCUGAACCAUGCGCAGCUGCGAGGGGACGACGAGCGUGUCAUCGUCAAGGUGUCGAUCGAGCAGACCGCUUCGUCACCGACACGCGGUCGAGUGCGCAUCAACGGUACCCCUGUGCCGGUACAGCAGAUGGAGAGCAUAGCUCCGUUGCACUUUACCGCCCUCUUGCAGGAGCCAGAACCGAAAUGGAAACCUGUGGCCGAGUCCAAGGGGGUGUCUGUGCAUCAGCUCAACUCGAUGGACAAGACACUCGUUGUGUAUCGUGCGGAGGCAGUGUUCGUUGGUGUGGGCGUAUGGGAUCUGUUCGCGACAAUCAUCACGCCUGGCACCCAGCCAGUGUGGGACAAGACAUACGAGGAUGCGACACUGCUGGAGGACGUGAGCGAGUUAACAGACGUUUGGCACUUCAAGUCCAAGCCAUCUUGGCCCACUUCCGCACGCGACUCCGUGCUCGUGCGCACGACAUACAAGUCACCUUCGUCCGUCCACAUAUUCGGCUUCUCCACGGAGGACAACGACCUCUUCCCUGUGAUCCCUCCGUGCAUCGACCCUAAUGUGAUCCGAACACAAAUCGACCUACAGGGAUGGUCGAUCGAGGCGCUAUCGCCGAACACAACACAAGUGACUCUUCUUGAGCAGAGCCACCCAGGAGGAUGGUCGAACAAGUCAUCCAUACCGCAGGUCAUGAUGACGGCGUUAGCGGGUAUGGGCGAGUUUGCGAUAAAGCACGGCGCGCCUCCAGUGGUGACACGGCUGGGUGGUGCUAAAGCCGUCUCAUCGCGAUACGACCUCGAGAAGGAGACGUAUCGGAUCGAGUACGAACCCGACGAGGGCCGCAAGUCGGAUUCCUCAUGCACCGCGACGGCGUUCCCUGGGUUAGCAUCGUUACCCGAGAAGAAAGAAUUUGGCGAUGCGGCCACGAUCAGCUCCAAGAUGGUGAACGGCAACGCGUCAGCCGCAAGCACGAUCGAGUGUGGAAUACGCUGCGACCCAGACAAGUGGUCGAACAGCAUCCUCGUGCUCAUCGACCCGCCACCAAAAGGUGUCUCGGCACUCAGGCGUCACCGACUGUCGCCAAGUGGUGGCGGUCUGUGGCUGACCAUCGAGCACGACGCAGCUGUCCUUGGAUCGGACUCGGUAACCCUGACAGUGCGCCGUGGCGCGGCGACGACGGGCGGCAAGACGAGUCUAACGGUCAACGGGUCCAAGCUGAAGAUCGACAACGAGGACUUAUCCGAGGGGGACGUCAAGCAGUUGCAGAAGCAGAAGCGGUCCCGAGCCUCGCGGGCCGCCCUCGACCAGCCGCCUGCAAUGGGGGUGUUGCGCAAGCGACAGAGCAACAUGUCCAUGCGGAGCACGGCGCAGGACGAUGAGUUGCUCAAGACUGCUACACAGUCGUCGUUAUUCGGACGGAUCACCACUCCUUUCUCCAUGCUGUACUCGUCGGCGUCUGAGACUCGCGCAACAUUAGUGCCGAUGGCUGGCCCCACGCCCACACCCGCAUCAGGGAGCACACCAGUGGACGCGGCGAUGCGAGCCCUAUCCCAGCUCACACGUAUUCACGCCGACCGCGAUGGAGAGUCGACUGACCCUUUCGGAUGGCAACCAGUGGCGGAGCGCGACGGGCUCAAGGUUGAGAAGCGCACUGUGAGCCACGUUUCGGACAGCUUCCCAGUCUUUCGCGCAGGGCGGAUCAUCGAGGGCUUCACGGCCGAGGAAGUUUCUGCGUCCGUCUCAGCGUUCCGGAAGACCGAUUACUUUGACAAACCUGAGCGUCUCCAGACGUACGGGUAUGGUAUCACCACGUCGCAUGUGGUCGCGCACACGGCCUUCCCCUUCAGGUCGCGGAGCGCGCUCGUGGCGACGGUUGUCGCUCGCGUACCCGACAGUCCACCGCCCUCGCCUUCAGUGGCCUCGCACGCAUCACUGUCGACCAUCUUCCACGCCUCGUCGUCCAUGUUCGAUUCCGUGACAUUAGGCCUCGAUCCGUCAAAGUAUAACCCGAGCGUGAUGCCGACGUGCAACUUCAUCAUUGAGGGUUGGAUCCUGGAGACGAUCGACCCUUACUCGCACGAGCAGUACGCGAUUCCCUCCACGCGGUGCAUGUACGUCGGCGCGCUUGACUACGGGGGAAACAUACCGGUGUCAGUCAACAACAUGCUGAAUGGGGGUCUGCCGAGAGCACUUCUCCACAUCGAGAAUGCUCUUAAGACCCAAGGCCCGCCGUCACGCUCCCGUUGGCCGACGAUGAGCGUCUCCACGCCCGAUCCGCCUGCGCAGGGUCCAUGGGCGCUGGACGGCAUCGAGGCGUACAAGGUGCCAAUUGACCAGGUCAUCGACGGCGACGACUACGUCAUCACCGUUACCGUACAGCCGCCCACCGGUCGCGACAUCAAGCUCCGCCCAGUACUCUCACACAGUGACAGCAAGAGCUCUAUGGCAAGCAGCCGGUCCCAUUUCGUCGACUACACGGAGGACCUCCGGCGUGGGCGGCGGGACUUGAUCGUCGCCGAGAUCGAUGUGGCUGCCGAGCUGGUGAAGAACGGAUGCGAAAUUGCCAUUCGCGCCGUCUCCCUGCCAGAAGCGUACCAUGGGCCUGGGGGUUCCGACGCGAGCGUCUUACCGCUCGACUACCCCGGUGACAAGCUCGGCAUGCCGUUCAAGUGCUCCGUGAUCUCGUUAGCGCCCUCCGUCCUCCAGACCGCGAGCCUCGACCCAACCUCCCAGACGCGGCACAUGCUCCGCGUGACCCUUCCGACGUCGGGCUACGAGGCGCCCGUCAACGAUCCGCUGACGGGCAAGACGGCCCCGCUCCCACGGCCCCGUUGGUUACUCGAUCUGAUCAACGAUGGAGCCGUUGUGCAAGUGCGCCUACUGCCCCGCCGCUCCGACCCACCAGCCUACAUGUUCGAGGGCACCGAGCUGUCUGUCGAGGACGAACGGAAGAGCCUGCGACACAAGGAGCCUAUCAAGCUCAAGCUCCCGCAGGUGGUCAAUGCGCCCGGUGCAGUGUCUCUCGACAAACCGCUCGCCAUCGCGCGGCAGUACCUUCCUGAUACGCCGCCAGCUCCUGCGCCACAGCCCGAGGGGGACUCUGACACAAACAGCCUCGACACGAAGACCCCAACGAACGAGCGCGCCGAGCUGCCUCCAGAGAAGAAGGAGGAACUGGCGCCGGAGCCCAAUCCGAAGGUGAUCCCGCCUGCGCCGGCACCUCGGUACACAUUCUGGCGGCUACCGAUGAAGUUCAGCGCUUCCGCGCCAGCCUCGAAGCACGCAUCGCCCGUCCGUAUGCCUGCCCCGCUACCAAGCGAGCGCGCGUCCCCAGCACCGAAGAGUUCACUUGCCCUCGAGCCGAUCACUGAGGCGGCCCCAAGUGUCGCGGAGCGCCUGACUGUCCCUGUGCCCCUUCCGGCGGUUAUCAUCGCCUGUCUCAUCUGCUUGUUGCUUGGGAGUCUGUUGCGCUCCCUCCUCAGUGAAGCGGACUUUGUCAUCUACCCGCCUUCGGGAACUGCACCGCCCGAAGGAGAAGUAUGGCGAGAGCUUAAGCGGCUCGGCGAGUGGCGGAUUGGAUGGAACACCGACUUGAUCGUGGCGCUGGCGCGGCGGCGCGAGUAG